CACCACUCCCCGUCAUUCCGCACAGACAGACGGGCUAAAAGAGCGGCGGUAAUGUUACGCGGCUCUGCGUAAAGACAAACACCGUCGCACUGGAAUGAGUCGCUACGGGAAUCCCCUUCUAGGCUUCUUCACACUCCAGACGCUGAAAACUUGAAAAUAAAAGAGAAAGAAAAUAAGCGGCAGCAUCAAUCGGAUAUUAGCUCUGCGGUGAUUUGAGAAAUUAAAAAGCAGGGAAUCAUCUGCAGCUGCAGGCGUCUAGUCUGUCUGUAGACCCCUGCCCAGGACAACGCUCUCAUCACAUACCGCGCAUAACCGUCCAUCACUGGACCGAGGAGAGGCUGACAGGGGCGUGAAAAGGGCCGUCACGAGUAAAGGACGAGGAGGGGGCUGAAUAGGAUAAAAGCAAACGCACAGAGACAGCCGGGGCGGGGAGGAGAUGAUGGAGGCUCUCCUUCCUGUGCUAAAGAGUCACCCAGGCCCGUCGGUUCUGGUGUGUUCUCUGCUUUUCAGGGUGGCCCACGGACUGCUGCAGAAGCUGCCAGUACCCAAGGUAGUGAAACAGGAUGCCUUCCGCUCCUGGAAGUGGAAGAACCUCUCCGUUUCCAUGGUGCACUCCCUGUUGACUGGGACUUGGGCCCUGACCUGUGUGGUGGUUUGGCCAGAGACGUUGAGCAACAUCCACUUGCAUCACACCCCUCUGUCCUACCUGCUUAUCUGCGUCUCUACAGGGUACUUUGUUCAGGAUGCUGGUGAUAUUAUUCUAACAGGACAUGCAAGAGGUUCUUGGGAAUUCUUACUCCAUCAUGCACUGGUGAUCUGGUGUUUCCUGUACGCCCUCUACACUCAGCUGUAUGUAGCGGGUGCUGUAAUUGCCCUGUUUGUGGAAGUCAACAGCGUCACUCUUCACCUGAGACUGAUGCUGAAGCUAGCAGGUGCUCAGUCCUCCUCCAUCUACGACAUCAACAAAUUUGUCAACCUCUUCACUUACAUCAUGUUUCGUCUGAGCACCCAGUUCUACCUCACCUGGUACAUCAUCCACAACUAUUCCUGGCUGGACCGUGGUGGAUACUUUCUCGUCACCAUGAUCGUGAUGAACAUCAUGAUCUUGAUUUAUUUCUACCGUUUGCUCCGCGCUGACUUCUUCCCCCGGCGUAAGGCCUAUGUGGGACAAAAUGGGACACAUAACAACAACUCCAAGAAGUUUCUCAGUGAUUGACCAGGGAGGGUACACAGGCUUGUACUUUGUUUUUUGUUUUUUGGGGUUAACAUAUUUUGUCUUUUCUUGAUCAUUACUGAUCAUUCCCAGUUUUGUUGUGUGUCACUGCCAAAGAACCUCCACCACCACCACCACCUGAUGCUGCUUUUUACUGAUGUUCCAAAAGCCAGAGUUUUAGUUUUUAAUGGGUCUGAAAUGAAAUACAACGCUACUUCGACACCUCAGUUCUAGGUUAAAAAACCUUUAUAUUGUUACCCACUUUUAGCACAUAUGAUUCUGAUUUUUAGUAUCACAACCUUUAAGGAUUUUGUAGAAAUUUGGGGAAAUUUGCUUGGAUUGGUUUUUUGCUGAAAAACAAGCGUUAGGUUAUAAGAUCAACACCACACAUACUUUAGCAGCAGACUCUACAAGCAGCAGCUGAUAUCCUCCAGUGAUCAUGCAGUAAUAACCUUUCAUUUAAUUCCAUUCAAAUCUUAAACUAUUGCUUUUAUCUGAACAAGAAAUUAUUUAUAUUGUUUCCUGUUAGAUACAUAAAUAACAUGAUAAUGUCAGAUGUUUAUGCAUGGACAAAAAAAGUGAUGAGGUUAAUGUGUAAAUGAAAGUAAGUCACACGGAGGGGAAUCUUAACAUGACAGGUGAUAGUAUUUCCUAUUUCAGACGGAGGCUCAGCUAACAGAUGUUGUCAGUAUGUUGAAUAUAUAUAUAUAUAUAUAUAUAUAUAUAUAUAUAUAUAUAUAUAUUUCUUUUACUUGAAAGUUUUUGCAUGGCUCCUAUUAUAAAAUAUUGAGCUUGGAACAAGCAACCUUUACCUCCUUUUAAGUCAUGUUAGUAAUAAUUUAUUACUUUGGAAAAAUGAAAUUUUGCAUAUUUCAUAAAUGAAAACAAUGGUAACUUUGUUGUGUUUAUAAGCAAGUUUUGAUUAGCACAAAGACUGGACACACUAGAAAACAAGCUUCUGUAGGGGAACAAAGCACUUAGAAAAACCUUUGGUUUUUGACUUUAUUACACAAAUAUUAUUUAAUAUUUCUUCAGUAUUUUCCCCUCACAUUAGUUAGCUGGUACAGUUUGUCCUUAACUUGCAGACGUAGGGGUUGUAAUGACCCUUAUUCAAUUCUCCCAAAGGUGGAGCUGUUGCUUUAAUAAGAAAGUUUAGCAUUGUGUAACAUUUUACUAAAUUAGCUUAUGUAUCCUCCCUAAAGAAAGUAUAUAUAUAUAUAUAUAUAUAUAUAUAUAUAUAUAUAUAUAUAUAUAUAUAUAUAUAUAUACACUCAUGUCUAUAAGCUUAAGAAAUAAGAAACUUAAGAGAGAAAGAUCAAAAUAGAAGGGAUAAAUCUUUCAAUACAUUCACUUGAAAGGGGAAACUGCAUUUUGUCUACUUGAUAACUUUUUGUCAAACAGUCUUGCUAUUCAGUAUGUUGCCGUUUAUACUGUAAUGUCUGCAUGGGGAGUUGUUGUUUUAAAUUUAUUUUCUCUUUGCUAAUUGAAAUUUUAUGGACUCAGAUUUUAAUAAUAUCUUUCUGUGUAUAUGUUCUCCACUCUAUGACGUCUCUAUGAAGCCUCUAUGUGUGGCUGAAGAGAUACUGGAUUGUGACAGAACUGGUGCAUUAAACAGAAUGUUGUCAAGGACCAACUGAACUGCUAACACAAUAUAAUGUAGGAUAAUUUGUGGUCCUCUUACAGUUCUUCUGUUAAAUUAAUUGGUAUGUGACUCUAGUGGGACUAAAGCUGGAUACCUGCCAUCUUGCAGCUGCUCAAUUUGAACCCUGAAAAUGCCCUUUUAUUGAGCAGGCAGCAGCCCAGUCUCACAUAAUUAGUUAGCACCUGUGUAUCUUAUUUGUUUGUUUGUAAAAUGAUGGUACUUUCACAAAGGGGACCCGUUUUUAAAAAUGUUGCAUCUGAUAUAUGGGACCACAUCUUUCCUAAAUAAUGGUUGUAUAGAACUUUGUAAAUAAUGUCCCAAAGUGUGCAUUCCUUUUUUUUUAAUAUAUUUUAAAAUUAGUACACACAUUUGUUGAACAUUAGUGGAGUCUCUAUGAUUCCUUAAAUCAGUGCUGAUAUUGACAUUGGAAAACCUAAUGACAAGAACAUUUCAGUUUCUAUUUUAACGAAUGCCAAGAAAAUCCACAUAGACAUGUACAGAGUGGACACCCAUCUGACCUUUGCAACAGUGCCUUUACCACAGUGCCUUAAGAAAUUAAGUACAGACAACACUAACGUGUGAAUAAGUUCAUACAUAUACGUCAAUAUGAUGUUCAAGUUUAAGAAAAGUUUUAAGUAGGUGAGAUCAUUUGACCAUGACCACAAUAAUGUAAAAUGCUUCUUGUAUAAAAGUGAGCCCCAAAUUUUGGAUCAUGAGUGAUACCAUGAAUAAAAAGUGUUUCAAAAUUUUGGGGGUAAUUAUGUUUUUAUCAUUUUUUAAAUUAUUAUUUUCUUUUAUUUACACAAUUAUUUGAGGAUUCACACUUAUUUUAUGAAGUUACAGUCAUAGCCAACACCUCAAUAAACAAUUUAUUUAUUUAUUUUUUAUCUAUAUUUAUUCUUUUUUAAUUAAACUUUUGUAUAUGGUCAUAAUAAAAGAUAAGAUAGGAUAAGAUAUCUUUUUCAUACCUUAGUGAGGAAAUUACAGUGCAACACCAUCAAAACAGUAAGGGAACAGAAACAGUAAGUCAUACAAAUAGUGAAAAUAAAAUAGUAAAAAAAAGUUAAAUAUUCAA